UGGCGGCAAUUCGAAGCCUCUUCGCGGCGCGCGCGGCCUGGCCCGGCUUCCUCACGGACGGCCCGGCCCAGCCCGGUACCUUCGGAGCUCCCCCGCCAUGGACGUGUCCAGGGCCUUCUUCAGCAAGCUGCGGGGCCUGGCCGUCACGCUGGAGAAGGAAGUUGCGCAGCUGAAGCAGGCCGUGCGCAGUGAGGACGCGGACUCUGAAGAUGAAUCUUCAGCAAGGGUCUUGCAUGACCUUCAUUGUGAAAUCAAAACUCUGAAGGAACAUGUUAAUGCCAGUUUUGGUAAGAGUUGCUCUGAAAACCAAGCAGUUCAUGAGUUUAUGAAGGCACGUGAAAUAUUGGUGCAAAGAAAUGCAGCAGAUCUUGGAAAAAUAAGAGAGCUGUUCCGGAAGUAUGGCUACAAACCACCUGUCAAAGACUCUACAGAAGAAGAGGAAGGAGUUAACAGUGAAUCGACAGUGUCUGCCCAGAAUAAAUCUGAUGAAGAAAAAGCAAAUGAUCUUCCUGCUUGUACUGAGAAGCCCCUGUUGCCCAAAACCCAACUGUGUAGCCCCCAGCUUUCUGAUUUUGGUCUUUCACAAUAUGCUUUCUCCAGGCCUUGGAGUGCAGUGAAAACACAGAACACAACAAAUGCACAUCAACAACAGUCAAAGAAUGAGACUCCACUGAAAAUACAAACCCCCCGUACUUUGCCCAGAACACCAAAAUGUAAGCUGAAGAUGGAUGGUUAUGAGUUUGCAACACCAAAACUUGAACACUUUGGCAUUAGUGAACAUACCAUGUGUAUGAAUGAAGAUUAUACAACAUCACUUAUUCAUAAAACUGCUCAGACAAUCGAAAAGUUGGUUAAAAUAGAUGAUAAUGGAGGGGAUGUGCCAGAAAUGACAGCCAGGGAAAUCAUGGUUACUUCUGUGCCAAAAUCAAAUGUGAGAGCUGAGAAUGUAUCAGCAGCUGACUGGAUGGCUUCUCCUAUGGUAGUUGUGUUCUGUACUCCUGAUGUGAAGGUCUCUUCCAAAACAAAUAGAACAGUAUUACCAAGGUCACCAGAGACAAAGGAACUGCCUCUUCCCAGUCAUACAGCAACACCACAGUGUCCAGAUUUUCAAACAGGCUGGCUAAAAAGAGAAGCUAAGCAGCAGGUAAAGCCAGGGGGAAAGACUGAGUCAGUGACAAAGAGUGAUGCAAAAGAGAAACAAUACAAAGAUAGCAUUCCUUUUGCUGUGAGCCCUGAUGCGUAUCUUAAACAUCUAGGGGACCCUUCUCCUCCCACAAUAAAACACUAUGACCAGUUACUCAAUACUCCUCCACCUCCAGAAGUAACAAGGAUACCAGAUGAUGUUCUACAGAUUCUGUCCAAAUACAAUCAUAAGAUAGGCUCUUCUAAAGCCAAGGAAAUGGAGAUCAAGGCAGGAAAUGCUACAAGAUGUGAGAAUGAUUCCACUGAUUACAGCAACAAAGAGAACAGAGGAUAUCGUGGAGUUUUCAAGCCAAAUAUCUGAAAUCAAGCUGAAGACCGCAUUGAGACUGUUUCAUGUUCAUGGAUCUUAUCACUGAAUCAUAACAAGUUCAAAAAGCAAAAGGAAAUACUGGUGGGAAGAAAGAGCCCAAAAAAGCUUUUUUAAAUGAAGAAAAAUUCUUUAUCCACAAUGUGGAUAAACUUGUUUGAAAUAACAACUUGUGCUUAAUUUCCUACUGACAUUAUUGGCAAAAUGUUUCGAGGGUUUUUAAAUAUAUUAUGCUUCAAAGAGGAAUGGAGAACGAGGUAGUACUUCAGUUGUUUAUUGUGUAGGCUUGCAUUGCAGUAGGCUAUAGAGAGAGCAGUUGGGUUGUCAUAAAGGGAAAGUCCAGUGUAUUGCCCCAAAAAGUGGUAUCUCUGGCUGUUCUUGUGACACUGUACAUCUUUUCAGGGCUGAGUUUGAAGUCUAGUACUUCAACAGUAUUGGGUAUCUUCAACAGAACUAAGUCUUUUUUUAUUGGAAGAGUAACUCCUGCUUUACUGUUUAAAGCACUUCUGUGCUUUCGAUCACUUCUGCAGCACUGAGACCUACCCGACACAUUCCUGCACCAGGCUCACAGCUACCUCCCUGUCAGAAGGGCAUUUCCCAUGUGGUUUCUUCCUUAAUAUCCAUUGGCAUAGUAUCAGGUGCUAUGCAUCUGGUUACUCUGUAGCUCUAGAGGGUGACUCUGGCUCGAAUGUGAAUUAUUUGAAAAUGUAUUGUGCAAUUGAUACUGGUUAUAUAUAUCUUCAGCUGCUGGAAGAAUUUGCUGGCAGGCAUUUGGUGAUUGCUUACUCUCCUGCGCUGCUACCAUGUGUAUUCUCUGAGUGGUGGUGUCACUUCUAAAAGGGCACAUCUGCUCCUGUUAUAGCGGACCCAGCUUAAGUUCUCAGAGCUGUUUGGCCAUCUUUUGGUAUCUGGUAAUCAUAGUAAUUAGGAUUUUUUUCUACCAGUGCUUUUACUGUUGGCCACAAGAAAACCCAGUACAUAUCCUUGUUUGGAGCCAGGUUGCUCUUUCCAGCGUCAGCCGUUCUUCUGAAUGACUCCAGGACUGCUCUUACGAGUUGUCUUCCUCUUGAUGGCUGAAAUAUUGUCAUUUAUUUGAGGGCAAACAUGCAACACAUGGGAAGAGAGACUGUCCCAGGACAUGAGAAUAACUGUAUGCUUUUCAGAACUCAGUCUGCAUUUUUUUGAAAUCCUCAAUGAAAUGUGCUAACAUCUGGAGAUGCCCAGAGGUAUUUCUCUACUUGCUUAGACAGACUGUCCUUGUUAAAAACUUAGCAAGUAAAGGUGCCUUUUUCCUGCUAUUGUGGUCAUUCUCCAGGAUAAGUGUACAUCAAAUUUACUGGAGAAGGUGAUUUUCUACUAGUUCUGACCUGAGCACACUGUCAUUUUAAAUGCUUGUUUCUGUUUGAAAAUACCUAUGUAUUAUGUGUCAGUCUGUGAGCUUGAUUAAGUUUUGGAUACUAAAUAAAUCUGUCUCAAAUGCU